AUGGUGGCCUCUUCUGGAUAUCUUAUUUUUUGGGGGGGCUCUCUGCAUCCAUUGGAUGCCACUCAAGGCACAGCUGCUACAUCAACAGGAGCAGCACCAUGGGGAGCGCAGGAAUCAUCUUCCUUGGACUAUCGUCUCUAUCCUUCUUGCUGGCAUUUGCUCUCCUCUGCUUUAACUUCAUGUUCUCCACUUCCUCCCAUUUUCGUUUCAUGGUGGGGGGUCUUAGAGGAUUAUCUGUUCAAGGCUGCCUUUUAUAGAGGAGUUGGCUGUGGUUUUCUUUGGCGUGCUUCUUUGGAUGAUAUGGCUCCCUCAGCUGCUUUUGCUCGGUUUACACUCCUGCUAUUUUUGCUCCCUCAGCUGACCUCUUCUAUUUUUGUUGUUGUUUGCUGGUUCUCAUCUUUUCCCAUGCUGCACUGUCUCACCUGGUUCCAGCUGAGCCCUCAGUUGGUCUUUCGUUAUCCAACUGGUCUCUCAUCUGGUUUCAUUCGAUCUUCUCUUUCUGGAUGGAUGCUGGAGACUCUUGACAUUAUGAUGAUUUUUUCCUUUUCCUUGUCUUGUAGGAUUAAAGCCUUCUAA